GCACACUGGCGACUUUGUAGAGCCACAAGUGGCUGCGUUUUGUGGCGGGGAUAUUUUCUCCCAUAGGUUCCCAUUGUUUUCAAGCUUUGCCGAUCACACUUGUGUCUGUGGCUCGCGACUGUGGCAAGCUGUCGCUCGUCCCCGCCACAAACAGCGCAUUUUGUGGCGGCGUUUUGUGGCUGGCUGAGAGCACACAAGCGACUUCUGGCGACCACAUGUGGCUGCUAAUCAGUGAUGCAGGAAACUUCGUUGAGGUGAGGUGUGUGUUGUCCCGCUGUUCAAACAAGAGUGUGACUUGACAAACUUGUAGUCUGGGCUGUAUCUGCCAUGGCUUCAUUCGGCUUUGACACAGACCGAUUUAUUAUUGAAAUACAAGAUAGGCCAGCGAUUUGGGACGUGCGCCUCAAGGAAUACAGCAACAAAAUUUUGAAAGCAAAGGCAUGGGAGGAAUUGUGCUCUAUAUUCGUACCCAACUUCAAUGAGUUGGAUUGCCAAGGAAAAAACAAAGCAACUACAGAUCUACAACGGAAAUGGAAGAGUUUGAGGGACUCCUAUAGAAGAGAAUUGACAUUGUCGAAGAAAGAAAAAUCGGGAUCUGGCGCAGGAAGUGGGAGGAAGGAAUAUUUGUACUUCAAACAGCUGUCUUUUCUUCAAGAAAUUUGCGCAACAAAACCACAUGCAGCUGAAAGUGUCGAGGAUACUACAGUGCAGGGAGAUGAACGAGAAAACCCAGGAGAGCCUGCACCUUCCACUUCUAAUGUAAAAAGGAAGAAAUCAACUGUACAUUCGGAUGAAAAGAUUAUUCUGGAAGCUUUAGCUAGGAAAGCAACCGCCCCUCACGAUCAUGAUAAAGAUUUCCUUCUUGGUCUGGUGCCUGACUUCAAGAGUAUUCCUGAGAGUGUCAAGUUCGAUGCUAAGCUUGAAAUCAUGAAUGUGAUCAAGAGGUAUAAACAACAUCCUAGCAUCAUGCAUGCACAAUCAACAGUACCUCAAAGCCAACCCGUACUACCCUGUACACCAUCACCUGCACAACUAUCUGAAACACAAGCGGUAUCCCCAUGGUCGGAUGAUUCAGUCAUGAGUAAUUUCUGAACAAAACACUGAAGUGACAACACAAAUGUUAUCAUUGGAAGCAUUCAUAAUCUUAGCGAUAUAGGAAAGGAAAUAUAGCUUUGUAUUGCAGUACAGUUUCAUUGAAAU